CUGCGACAUCAAGCUGUGUCUUCACCCCGUAGCAUCAUCCAUAGAGGAGUUUCAAACAAAUCUCUUAAGGUGACUCCCGGACAAACAUCAACAAGAGGAAGGAGAUGACUUCGUCCGAGGAAGGAGGGUUUUCUCAGUGGCCAAAUGAGGACGUGGUCCAGGAGCUUAGUUUCAUAUGAGGAACGAGUGGAUAAGCGUCUGGUCUGACUUUAAGCCCCCCCCCCCCUCUCCGGGCCGCGAUGCCCGAGCGUGUGAGCAGCUACCGGGGUCAACGCUUUCACGCGCUGAGGCGGUCCUGCUUGCGGCGCGGCGCCCUCUUCAAGGACCCCCUGUUCCCCGCCACCACACAGUCCCUCUUCUACAAGAGGGAGCCGCCGCCGGGACUGACCUGGAAGAGGCCGAGGGAGAUAUGUAAAGACCCCCGUCUGUUUGUCGACGGCAUCAGCACUCGGGACCUGCACCAAGGCAGUCUGGGUAACUGCUGGAUGGUGGCGGCCAUUUCCUGCUUAGCCUCCGAGCCGUCGCUGUGGAAGAAGGUGAUCCCGGACCACGUGGGCCAGGACUGGAACCCGAAGCAUCCCGACCGGUACGCGGGCAUCUUUCACUUUCGGUUCUGGAGACUCGGCCGGUGGACGGACGUCGUCGUGGACGACCGCCUGCCGGUCAGCGCGGACGGAGUGCUGCUCUUCUGCCGCUCGGCCACGCCGCGGGAGUUUUGGAGCGCCCUGCUGGAGAAGGCCUACGCCAAGCUAAACGGCUGCUACGAGGCCCUGGAGGGAGGAAACACCACGGAGGCGCUGAUCGACUUCACCGGCGGGGUUUCGGAGCCCCUCAGCCUGGAUCGCGAGGCCCUGGCCCCGCACAGCCACCACAGGAGGGCGUUCUUCCAGACCCUAGCUAAGGCUCAUGAACGUAAAGCCCUCAUCACCUGCUCCAUACGGCCUGCGGAGGGGGAGGCCGUGGAGUCCGUGAUGGACUGUGGGCUGGUGCGAGGACACGCCUACGGGGUCACGGCGCUGAGGAAGGUGAGGCUGGGGGAGACGGCGCCGGAUUGGACGUCCCGACUCUUCAUGGUGCGCAUGAGGAACCCGUGGGGGACCACGCACUGGACGGGGGCCUGGAGUCAGGGGUCGCAGCAGUGGCAACAGAUGAGUCGAGCAGAGAGGGAGAAGACGGGCCUGACUGUCCGGGACGUCGGGGAGUUCUGGAUGGAUUUCGAGGAUUUCUGCCACUAUUUUACCGACGUGGUGGUGUGCCGCCUGGUGGAGAGGGCUCUGCUGUGGCCGGGCUCUCACUGGAGGGAAGCGCGUUGCCACGGAGAGUGGGCUCCGGCUCCGGCGAGCGCGGGAACGCCGCCGCCGCCGCCCGCCGUCCUCCGCGGCGACCCCGUCGCGCCGGACCCCGUACCCGGAGGGGCCGAGCAGCGAGGUAACCGGAAGGAGGCCAGACUCGGGGAGAGUCAGCAGGCGAAGGGAGGGGAAGGCGGGAAGGGCGAGCGAGACAAAAAGGCUGUGAAGAAGGCGGCAAAGGAAGACGGCGACGGCGGCGGUGGCGGUGGCGGCGGCGGCAGAGAGGCCGGAGGAUGGGAGGCACAGAUGGAUGAGAGGAGUCGAUGCGGAGGAUGCAUCAACCACAGAGACACUUUCCUGCACAAUCCACAGUUCAUGUUCGAGGUGAGAGGCAAAGAGGAGGAGGUGCUGAUCUGUCUGCAGCAGGAGGACAGGAGGAUAUGGAGGAAAGACGGAGGCGGAGAAAACCUGCCCAUUGGCUUCGAGGUGCUGAAGGUGAGCAGUUUUGCGCGGCCCCGCAUGUGGCCAAAGAGGUUUUUUUUCCAGUGUCCCGCAGAAAGAAAAAAAAAAGAUUUCCCUUGGUGCCUCGGGCACGCGCGGCCCCAGGUGGAGGUGAACCGCCGCAGCCGGGUGCGGCGUGUGGUGGAGCAGGCGGCCAGCUCCGUCUACAUGGACUCCCGCAGCGUGACACUGAGGGGCGCUCUGGGCCCCGGGCGCUACGUCGUGCUGCCCACCACCUUCCUGCCGGGCGUCACAGGACGCUUCCUGCUACGCCUCUUCUGCCAUUCCCACGUCAGACUCAGGGAAUUGAGGGAGGACUUGCCGUGCCCCUCUCUCUUCCACUGCUUCCUGCCUCCACCCACUGUGGUGACCACGGUCCACCUCCGCAGGGCUUCAGGACUCGCCGCCCCCAAACAGACAGCUCCAGAUGUUUAUGCCAUAGUGCGGUGUGAGAGUGACACCGUCCGGACGCGUGUUUUCAAGGCGGAGAGAAACCCGGAGUUCAACGUCAGAGCGGUUUUCUACAGGCGAUACCCCAGCGCGCCCAUUUCUAUUGAGCUGUGGAGCAGAGCGCUGCCGUGGGACCGCGCGCUCGGCGAGGCCCGACUCCUGACCACGGAGCCCGAGAGGAGCCGGAGCCACGCCAUCGACCUGCGGGGCGGGCGAUCCCGCUCGGCGUGCCGAGGGCGCGUCCACGUCGACACGUCCUCCAGCGCGUGCCUGGCGGACUUGUGAUGGAAAGCUGUUUGGCGUGGUUGCCCCGGUAACCGGUGUUCCUACCAGGGAGAAGUUUGAAAAACAA